AGGGUUUUUUACUGAUUAGUCAGUAGAUAAGAAUUGCUUUAGGUGAAGGGAAGGACAAUACUCAAUACAUGGAAGGUCAGCUCAACUGGACUGGACCAAAAGCAAAGAACUUUCAGGGAUAAACUGAAUGCUUCAAAGGUCAGCAGAGCAAGGGCGGGGGUUUGGGGACCAUGGUUCAAGAGGACUUCUAAGUCAAUUGGCAAAAUAAUUCUAUUAUGAAAACAUUCUGCAUCCCACUUUGAAAUGUGGCGUCUGGGGUCUUAAAUGCUAACAAGUGGCCAUCUAAGAUGCAUCAGUUGGUCUCAACCCACCUGGAUCAAAGGAGAAUGAAGAACACCAAGGUCACACGAUAACUAAGAGCCCAGGAGACAGAAAGGGCCACAUGAACCAGAGACCUACAUCAUCCUGAGACCAGAAGAACUAGCUGGUGCCCGGCCACAACCGAAGACUACCCUGACAGGGAGCACAACAGAGAACCCCUAAGGGAGCAGGAGAUCAGUGGGAUGCAGACCCCAAACUCUCACAAAAAGACCAUACUUAAUGGUCUGACUGAGACUAGAGGAAUCCCGGCAGCCAUGGUCCCCAAACCUUCUGUUGGCCCAGGACAGGAACCAUCACCGAAGACAACUCAUCAGACAUGAAAGGGACUGGACAGUGGGUAGGAGAGAGAUGCUGAUGAAGAGUGAGCUAUUUGUAUCAGGUGGACACUUGAGACUGUGUUGGCAUCUCCUGUCUGGAGGGGGGAUGGGAGGAUAGAGAGAGUUGGAAGCUGGCAAAAUUGCCAGGAGAGACUGGAUGGGCUGACUCAUUAGGGGGAGAGCAAGUGGGAGUACGGAGUAAGGUGUAUAUAAACUUAUAUGUGACAGUUUGACUUGAUUUGUAAACGUUCACUUGAAGCUCAAUAAAAGUUAAAAAAAAAUGAAAUGAUUAAAAAAAAAAAUUAGCCAUUGAAAACCAUAUGGAGCACAGUUUUCUUAUAUACAUGGGAUCACCAUAAGCCAGAAUCAACUGGAUGGCAAUUGGUUGGUUGGUUAUUAGUAAUAAUAAUGGCAAGCACUUAGGUAACCUUUCUGUGUCAGCCUUUGUUUUAGGCGUUUUACAUGUGUUGAUUUAUUUAGUCCUCACAAUACCCAAUGAAGUAAGUGCUAUUAUCUCCAUUUUACAGAUGAGAAAACAGGCCCAAAGACGUUAAGAGACUUGCCCACAUCAUACAGUCAGUAGAGGGCAAUGGCAAGACUUGAACUUAGAGAGCCAAGACCCAGAAUUCUAAGGUGCUCCCGGACCCUGCUAAACCGCAGGAGUUAAAGUAUGCGGAAGUGCUUGUGUAAACGGCCAGAGGAUGGAUUUUAAGUGAGCACUGUUUGAAGGCCGAGAGUUGGCCUGCGGGGAGGAUCCCAUUCCGAAGGGAUCAGGGCAGCUGCUGGCCCCGCCCGGCUCUUAUCUGAGCCCCCUGCGCCCCACUUCCCUCCGGUCUUCCCCGCUGAUUCAUUGUUCCCUCUCCCCACCACAUCCCAACCAUGGCCCUGGUUCUGCAGCUGCUGCUGCUCUCAGGGACUCAAGGGGACCCGGGGGCUCUACCUUUCUUGGAGGGCCGCCCUGGGGACCGGGUGAAUCUCUCCUGCGUAGGAGUCUCCCACCCCAUCCGCUGGGCCUGGGCACCUAGCUUCCCAGCCUGUAAGGGCUUGUCCAAAGGACGCCGUCCGAUCCUGUGGGCCUCAUCGAGCGGAACCCCCACCAUGCCACCUGCCCACCCCUUCGCCGGCCGUCUACGCGCACUGGACCCUGGCAUCCAGCGGCUGGAGCUGCUCCUGAACGAGGGAGAUUCGGGCACCUUUUUCUGCAAGGGCCGCCAAGACGAAGAGAGCCGUACGUUGCUUCAUGUGCUGGAGGACGGGGCCGAUUGUAGGGCCUCGGGGCCUCCCCACGGGCCCACGUACCCGCAGCUCUUGAUCCCGCUGUUAGGCGCCGGCUUAGCGCUGGGACUGGGAGCGUUGGGCGUGGCCUGGUGGUUGCGCAGGCGCUCUCCCCCACACCAGCUUCCACCAUUCUCCAGAUUUGCUCCACUCGUGAAAGCCGAGCCGCAGAGGCCAGUAAUGAAAGAGGGGCCCAAGCUGCCACAGGAUCCUGACCAGGAACCGGUAAGGGUGUGGAGAUGGGGGGGGAGGGGGGAGCUGGACAGAAUCCCUGAGGGAAGUGGGCUUGGAAAGACAGAGGCCUCGAUCCGCAAGGGAAUCAGACUGCUAGUUCCAUCCUACCUUCCUCCCCACCCUUCAGAGCCUGCUCUAUGCGGAUUUGGACCAUAUGGCCCUGAGAAGCUCCCGCCGGCUGUCCCCAGCGGUCCCUGCUGAUGCCUCCACCAUCUAUGCAGUUGUAGUUUGAAGGGAAAUCCUUACUCCAAACCUCAUAAUCUGAGGCUCAUAGCUCUCCAUAGCUGCUGUCUCCCCCCCCCCCAAAAAAAAACCUGGAAAAGGAAGGCACCAUGGGAUAGAAAUGAGAACUAGACUGGGUGGGUUCCAGGCUCUUUCUGCCGCUGCCCUAUCUUCUUCAAUUACUCCAAUCUCUCCUUCAUCACUGGGACCGUCUCCCAACUCCUAAACCUGACCAAGUCCUGCCUCCCCAUAUUAAGACAUCAACAACUCUCAGAUAGUUGCCCUAUCUCUUCCCUGCACAGUUAGCUUUGUGAACAAGUGUCCUACACCUGCUUCUUCCACUUUCUUCUUUUUCCCUCCCACUGCUCAUUUGCGCUCCGUAAGGUGCCAAUGGUGUCCUAAUGGCCAUAUCCAGUAAACAUUGUUUAGCAUUCAUUUGGUUGGCCUUUGACUGCUGCAUUCUUUGAACUUUUCAUUCACUGCUGGUGACUUCCUUCUGGACUCCUCUUCCAUGUUCCCCACAUCCACAGCAUUCUCAAUCAUUGUAGGUUUAUUUUAUUCUUUCUUCCUCUUUGUCUUCUGGGAUGCUCUUAUUCACAGCAAGGCAUUCAGCCCUCACCUCUGCAAAUGACACCCAGAUCUCUCUCCACCUCACAUCUCAGAUCUGGAAUUUCCAAAACUGUCCCUGGAACAUCCCUGCCUGGCUGGCCCCAGGCAUCUUAAACACAGCAUGUCCAAAGUCCAACUCAUUGUCACUUCCCAAAACACGCACUCAAUCCUCUGGAUUCUCUCUUUGUCAACCCAGUUGCCAAGCCAGAAACUGGGAGUCAUACAGAUCUCUUUCCCUUCUCACCCUCAGACAGUGGGCUACUAAGUCCUCUCUGUUUCUAUUUUAUCACUGUCAAAUCCACACCCUUCUCCACACCCAGCAUUGCUGCCUAAAUGUAUUCUCAUUUCCUGCUUGCCUUGCCCAUAGCCCCACCUCACUCCUGCCCUUGUCCACCAGAAUUUUUUUUUUUUUUUAGCCAGAGGUCCUCCCCAAAUGCUAACCUGCUCUUAACAGCCCUUAUUCCAGAAAUGUAGUAUUUCUCUCCUUAGUCUCUAGCUCUGAGCCCAUGGCCCUUGGCUUUGGGUUCAAGGUGCUACAGGACUGUCAACUCUCCAGGGUCAUCCCUGUCACUAAUACACAUGUGUACAAUAUACCAGCCUUAGUGAAAUUCUCCUCAGCCCCCACAUAUGCCUUUGCCUAUGCAGUUCCUUCUUCCUGGAGUACCCUUUCCGCUCCUUCCCACUACUUGCCUAAUUCUUAUUCAUCUUCAGGACUCAGUUCAAAUGUAACUUUUUCUGGGAAGCCUUUCCUGACCCUUCUUGCCCUAUCCCUGCAUAUUCUCUGAUGCCUUGGAGAGCCCCUGACUUUUCUCAUAGCAACAGCCUCCUGUGAACUGUUCCAUUACAAUCUGUAUUUCAAUUUGCAACUGAGCUCCCUGACAUCAAGGGACUGACCCUUUCUGUAUCACUGCUACACCUCAGUAAAUGAGUGAAUGAAAAUGAAUGUCAUCAUUUCUUCCUCUCUAUCACAUGAGGUGGGCUGGUAAUCUACCCUUUUCUGAAUCAUCUGAUGUUUAGAUAAAUACAGAGAGUGAU